GGUUGAUUACGGUUCGCUAAAAUACAUGAGAUGCCUACAACAAUUCUUACUCUAUUAGCAUAUUUGGUGUUCUAUGUGGUAAUGAUGUGUUGCACAAUUAUAACCUGUGGAGCUGAUAAGAACAGAGAAAAAGUGCAUGUUGAAAGACGUCAGGAGCUCAAAAGCAUGCAGAGGGAUGCGAUGUUGUCUGGACGCCCUGUGCAAACGGUCAUCGAAGAAGUUGAGCCACUUAUGAUUCGUUCAACAUCAAGACUUUCUUGCGUCCGCGACAUGCCGGAUAUGGCAUCUAUGGAAAAAGUGCAGCGUGCGAGGAAGAAACGAUUACAGAAUGUGUCCAAACCUGAUUAUACCCCAAUAAAAUCGAUGGAAUGCGCUCAAGAUUUAGCAGCAGAACUCAGUGAACUUCAUGAUAUAGUUGGAAAAAAUGGAAGUGCAAGUGUGAUGAACUGCCCAGGUCUCGCUGAAGACAUAUUGACUGCAAUCCUCAUGGACGAAGAAAACCAAGAUGGUUUCUACGAUGUUCCACUUUGAAGUUGUAACAAUGAUAAUGUGUAAAUCUUGCAUUAGUAACGAAACAGUACUGCCAUUUAUGAAUUGUGGAUGGUCAUAUAAGGACUGUCAAUAAAGUAUAAU